AUGGAUACACCUGACCUGCGCAGAUUGUUCUCCGCCUGCGAUGGAAAUAAGUCGGGAAGAAUCGAGUAUGAGGAUUUCACAACUGUGUGCCGAGAGCUGAAUGUUCCAUCAUCUGAGAUGAGGACUUUGUUUAAAAAGUUUGAUGUGGAUGGAGACGGCUGCAUUAAUUAUAACGAUUUUUGUUUGAGCUUUCACGAAGUAUCAGAAACGAUCAAUUUUUCUUCACUGUGCCACUACAGUCAGAGUCGAACAAGUGUAUGGGAUGAGUUUGAAAACACUUUGGACGGAGACGUGGCCUACUAUUUGGGCAGACUCUUGGAUCCUUUGAGUGAGCUGUAUCAGCAAGUUCAUUCCACCACCGACAUGCUGCUUUUACAGCAGUAUGAGGAUUUGAUCAAAGCUCUAGUGGUGGAGAGCAGAGAACAUGGACUGGAGAGAGAACAAUUGGAGACCAGUCUAAGAAGAACAGAGGAGUUGACAGAUACUCGGCUAACAGAGAUGGAGGAGGAUUUGCAGCAACAGUUAAGCAGCACAGAGCAUAGAAUCCUAGAAAGGGAGCAAAAUAAAAUGGAAGAAGCCAUUGCCAUGCUCCAGUCUAAGCAUGAGAAUGAGUUAAUGGACCUGCAAGCAGCAGUGGAAAGGCUUACACAGUAUCAAGACGAGGCAGAGUUUAACAGUCCCAAAAAAGAUGAAAUCAAAUUAAGAGAGCACAUUCAAGAGCUGACACAGGAGAAUGAUGAGCUCAGGAGAUCUCUUCUAAAGGCACAAAUAAACAUCUCUGUUCAGCAAGUAGAGCUAGACAGAUUAAAGAAUGCAUAUGCUGAUGAGAAACUCCAACAUGAGAGAGAGUGUAAUGACCUGAAGAAGAUGGUGAUUGAGUACCAGUCAUAUGCAGAACAUGUUAAAAUUCUCCAGGAUGCCAAUAAAAAGUUGUAUGACAGCAAUGAUGGGCUGCGCUCUACACUGGCUUUUGACAUCACUUCUUCCAAAAGGCGGCUUUCCCCCCAAAAUGAAAUGCGUUCAAGGAAAUUAAAGCCACUUCGACAAAGCACAAUAAAUCAGUACAGCUUUGCUAAUGAAGUGGAUGACAUGGAUGCAGUUCCUUCCAAAGAGAAGUUCUCCCUUGUGACACACUGGGCAGAUAAGUAUCUGGACAGUGGUGUUUCUUUACAGACAGACACGGACCACAUGUCGGGCUGCAAUUAUUAUGACAGUGACACGAGUAGCACUUCUGAGGUCACAGCACACCACAGCUACUCUUAUGUUCAGUCUGAACUGGAGGUAUCAGACUUGAAGUCUGAGAUGAAUUUGGCAUCCAGCAGAGUAAGCUCAUUAACAUCCUCUCUGAGACGACGUCUGUCUGCGUUUCCCCUAAAGAAAGCUGAAGACGACAACUUUGAUUGUGAUGGCUUUGUUCCAAUGUACCGCCUGGUGCUGGCAGGGGAUGCAGGAUCUGGCAAAUCCAGCUUUUUGCUGCGUCUUAGUUCAAAUGAGUUCAGAGAAGACAUGAAAACAACGCUUGGGGUUGAUUUUCAAAUGAAGAAGAUGCUUGUGGAUGGAGAAGGGACAAAUCUUCAAAUAUGGGACACCGCUGGGCAGGAGAGGUUCCGCAGCAUUGCAAGGUCAUAUUUUCGGAAAGCUCAUGGGGUGCUUCUGCUUUAUGAUGUAACUUCAGAGAGCAGUUUCUUAAAUGUUCGAGAAUGGGUUGACCAGAUUCAGGAGUCCACAGAUGGCAGCAUCCCCUUGUGUGUAAUUGGUAAUAAAGUGGACCUCAGAGCAGAGAUGAAAGAUGGAAGAUGUGUGAGUUACACCCAUGGUGAAAAGCUUGCUAUGACGUACAAUGCCCUGUUUUGUGAGACAAGUGCAAAAGAGGGUACCAAUGUGGUAGAGGCAGUUCUGCAUUUGGCAAGAGAGAUUAAGAAGCAUGCCAAGCUAAGGAGGAAGUCUGAGACACAGGUUAAGUUGAGUCUAAAUGGUGGGAAAAAGGCACUAAGUAACUGCUGUGGAGUCUAACAGUGACUGCUCAUCAAAGUUGUGCUCAUUAAGGACAGAGUAACCUACUUUGUUGAUGUUUAUUAAUGGCUUUGUGUUAAUUAUUUAAUGCUUAUUAAUCGUUUUUAUAUGUUGAUAUUUUACCUCUUGCUGCAUUACAAUG